CUGUGAUCACAAAACCUCACCGCGCUUCGUUCCUCGGUUACUGGUUCGAUAAUGGCUGUUUCAUCUCUCCACAGUACCUCACUCUCUGCUUCUUGUAACCUUGAUCCCGCUGCCAAUUUUCUAUGUCCACAAAAUCCCUUCAAAAUCCAUACUCGCGGCUCCCUUCCUCUUUUUCACAACUCCAAAAGAUCCAAAUUCCAUCCCAUAGUAACCAAAAAACUCCACAUUUCACCAGCACCCACAACAAAAUUUUCUCUUUUUAGCUGUUUAUUACCACCCCAGAACGAUAUUUCCAAGAUUCUUGUUAAAAAUAUUGCAACAGUAUUACUGGGAUCACUUGUUAUCGUGGGCUCUUUAAAAUCUAGGCCUAUACUGGCACAGCCUGUUCAAGAAACCGAGCGUCUUGAUCGAAAAAGAGAGGACUGGGAUGGGAAAAGCAGUGCAACUGAAGAAGAGGUGAUGUUUGUGAAGCUUGUGCAAGAAAAUCCAAAAGAUGUUGUGGCUCUGAAGAUGGUCGUUGAUGUAAAGAUGAGGAGUGGAAAGACUAAGGAGGCUUUGGAAUAUGUGGAGAGAUUGAUUAAAAUUGAACCUAGUGAAAUGGAGUGGAGGCUUCUGCAGGCUCUUUGUUACGAAAUGUUGGGGAAUUUGGGUAUGGCCAAGAGCUUGUUCAAAAACAUACUCAAGCAGAGGCCUCUCCUACUUAGAGCUUUGCAUGGUAUGGCAAUGGUAAUGCAUAAGAACCAAGAAGGCCCAGCUGUUUUUGAGAUGUUGGAAAGGGCUUUGGAAGUUGCUCAUCUUGAAAAAAGAGUCAAUGAAGAGCGAAACAUAAGAAUAUUGAUUGCGCAGAUGCAUAUUGUAAAGGGAGACUUUGAGGAGGCCUUGGAGAACUUUCAAGCUCUUGUUAAUGAGAAUCCAAGAGAUUUUCGACCUUAUCUUUGCCAGGAAAAUGGCACAACUGAUUCCUAACAUUUGGCCCCUGUGCACUUCUAGUCUUGAUUCUUCUGUUUUUGCUCUGACCCCUCAAUCUAUUGGUUUUGUGCACAAAUAGUCCUUUUAGACAGUUUUGUCCAUUCUAGCAGUUAACUUUCUAAUAUUGAUUACUGACACAUAUUGUAGCCAUAUCAUCAUCCUCCCCUAUUCCCAAGAGAAAUAUUUGUGUGUGUAUAUUUCACCCACCACUUCCACACUACUAAAACUACCACCACAUACACCACCAUAACUAUAUAAUGAACUACCUUCCGUAAUGAACUCAAACAUCAUAGCACCCGAAGUAAUAGAAUUUAUUACGCUGAUGCCUCCAAAUCUCACUCUUCGCAUAAAAAUCAAACAAACUUGUCGUCACACACCACAUCCUUCACCAUAAAAUUCUUUGGAGCAAACAUUGAUGGUAGAUGUUUCUAGUGGGUCUGAAACUAGUAUAGAGAUAAAAAGAUCAAAGACCUUCAAUAUGCAGCGUUAAUUUCUUUUUGUUUUUUCUAAAUCCUUAGUAAAAUGAAAAUAAUGCUGGGGAUUACCAAGUACAUGAGUGGCUUCUUCCAAAUUUCCCUGCUGGUACCCUUCUCCGGAGAAGAUCAAACUAAUUAACAGCCCAAAAGUUCGAAGAUUAAAUUUCAGAGGCAGUUACCUUCUAAAUCAAUAGCUGCUCUAUUCUGCAGUCCAAUGCACCCCUACUAGUCUAGAACAUUGCUAUAGAACGAAAAUGGAUCCUUCCAAUUAGCAAGACUUGUUCUUGCUCAUAUGGGAUUUUCAGAAAUAUCCAUUUUCCUAUUUGCGUCAAUAUAUUUACCAUUGAUGUUUGCCUUUCGUUUGAAUCCUUGACCAGUGUUCAAUUCUUCGAGCUGCAAAUAGCAAUCAAAUUAUUGAUGGUACCCAAAA